AUGGUAAACGAUGCAUUUCGUGAAAAUAUCUCCUCAUUUAUGGAAGACGGAGAUAGGGUUGAGGAACCAAAUUUAGAAGCGAGGAGAUUUUUUGAUAUGUUGGAUGCAGCUAAACAUCCAAUAUAUGAGGGUUGUAAAAGUGGUCAUUCUCCUUUGUCGGCUGCAACUAGGAUGAUGGCCAUAAAGUCAGAUUUUAAUCUGGCAGAAGAUUGUGUCGAUUCAGUUGCUAGUUUUGUGAAAGAAUAUUUACCAGAAGAUAAUAUGUGUCCAGCUUCGUACGAAGAGGUAGAUAAACUUGUUUCCGGUCUAGAUUUGCCAUUUCAAGUGAUCGAUGUUUGCAUCGACAAUUGUAUGAUCUAUUGGAAAGCAGAUGCAAACCACUUGUCAUGCCGAUUUUGUGGGAAACCUCGGUUUAAGGUCACCAGUGGAAGAGCCCGAGUUCCUUAUAAGCGUAUGUGGUAUUUGCCGUUAGCAGAUAGGCUUAAAAGGCUAUAUCAAUCUGAACGCACAGCAAGUGCUAUGAGAUGGCAUAAGGAGCACUCAAGCGGAGGAGAUAUUGUGCAUCCCUCAGAUGCAAAGGCAUGGAAGCACUUUCAGUCACUUUAUGAGGGGUUUGCAUCAGAGAGUAGGAAUGUCUACCUAGGACUAUGCACUGAUGGUUUUAACCCAUUUGGAAAACAUGGAAGACAAUAUUCAUUGUGGCCUGUAAUUGUCACACCGUACAAUUUACCCCCUUCGUUGUGCAUGAAACGAGAGUUUCUAUUUGUCACCAUACUUGUUCCUGGUCCAGAACAUCCGAAACGAUCUCUUGAUGUUUUCUUACAGCCACUGAUUUGUGAGUUGCAAGAGUUAUGGGCUAAUGGUGUAGAAGCAUUUGAUAUUUCAUGCCGACAAAAUUUCAAGAUGCAUGCAGUGCAUAUGUGGACCAUCAGUGAUUUUCCAGCUUAUGGAAUGCGGUUUCUACCUAGUUCGCAUCCUUAUCGUCAGAGCAAGACAUUAUUUACGAAGGGAAAAGUUGUCCAUGAUGCCCCACCACCAGAGUUAGAUGGUCGAUAUUUAUUGAGGCACCUUCAAGAUUUUGGGGCAGAUACAACUGCGGAAUGCGGUGGAAAUGGGCAUGUCCCAGUCGAUGGUUGUAGUCAGUAUCAUAACUGGCACAAAAAAAGUAUUUUUUGGGAUUUGCCAAAUUGGGAAACUCAUUUGCUACGGCACAACUUAGAUGUCAUGCAUAUUGAGAAGAAUUUUUUCGAUAACAUCAUGAACACAGUUUUAAAUGUCCAAGGGAAGACAAAGGAUAACUUAAAGUCCAGAUUAGACUUGCCUAGUAUAUGUGCACGAGAUGAGCUACAUAUUAUGGCCAACGGAAAAGGUCCUACUCCUAAGUUCAGAUUGAAUGCAUCUGCAAAGGAAGAGUUUUUUCAGUGGAUAUUGUCUAGCGUUAAAUUCCCUGAUGGAUAUGCUUCAAAUCUAAGAAAUUGUGUUGAUAGUCAAGAGGAACGAUUAUCUGGGAUAAAAAGUCAUGAUUGUCAUGUUUUCAUGCAACGCCUUCUUCCAUUUGCAUUUGCAGGGCUUCUACCCAAAGAAGUUCAUGAAGUUAUUGCUGAGUUGAAGGUUCUAUUAUCGCUCAGACCAUCAAAGAAGAAGCAUCACACUUCUCUGCUUACUACUUUUGCCCCACAUAUUCAAACAAAGAGAGGAAAACCGGUCCGUAACGAUGAUGGAGGAGAAAAGCCCCACUACUUAUAUGAUGUUCCAGAUAUCUUUGCACAAGUGCGCAUAUGCUUGGCUAGAGGUGAAGAAGUAGUUAAGUGGUUUGAGGAAAUAGUAGAUGGUCCCUUGUCACUUGCAAUGUCUUCACCUGCAUAUUUUACACGUGGUUAUGCUUUUAAGGUUUCCCGUGAAGGAGCACCAACAGUGAAUUCUGGGAUAGCUGUGCAAGCUGGAGACAUGUCAUACUAUGGUGUUCUUAAGGAAGUCUUGGAAGUUCAAUAUUCUGGUACCAUAAAUUUGAAAUGCAUACUGUUCUUAUGCGAUUGGUACAACCCACAAUCAGGGAUUGGUGUUUUAUGCAUACCAAAUUUGGUGUGA